AUGUCUGUCUCAAGGUUGAAGGCGUGGCUCGGGGCCGGUCUGUUGGCGACAGCGCAACUCACCUCAGGUUACGCUCUUGACCUGGGUUCAAAGGAAUCCGUCGAAGCUGUCACAUCCACUCUUUCUUCUCUGGCCUCCAACGCCCCCAGACUUGCCCUGAAGCUCACACCAGAGGGCUUGAAGAAGCAGCUGGAGGACCCCGAGUUCAUCGCCAGCUUGGUUUCAGGGGUUGAGAGUCUGAUUGAUGGCCUCAACACUGGCCGCCACAGACGUCGGCUCACACCCAACGUCGCGCCCCUUGUUCCUCAGGAGCAUCGUCCCAGCGCGGCUCUUCGGAAGCGUCUCGACGUGGAUGGUGUCCAGAUCCCAAGCUUCGAGGAGUGGUUCCAGAUCGACAUUGACGAUCUUGGACUGAGCGCUGUCUCCACCGCCAGCUCCAAAUCCGGCAAGGAGGCGCCCCCUGCACUCUCCAAGCUGACGCUGGAACUUAUUCACCGACUGAACAAGCUUGACACUGUUGCCAGUGUCCACGCUUUGCAGCAAGGUCCACCUCCUGCUGUUAAUCCUAAUGAUGACCCUCGCAGCGGAAAUCAGGGGUAUUUGAACGCUGCCCCUCAGGGUAUCAAUGCCCGUUACGCUUGGACAAUCACUGGUGGUGACGGUGCCAGAGUUGGUAUCGUUGACAUGGAGCAGGGAUGGAACCUCAACCACGAAGACCUUCGUGCUGCCAACAUCACCCUCAUUUCUGGCCGCAACAGGGACUAUCCCGACCACGGCACUGCCGUCCUGGGCCAGAUGCUCAUGGCAGACAACCAAAUCGGUGGUGUCGGCAUCGUCCCCGCCGCCAAGGGCCGAGUGAUCUCUCAGUCUCGCCCCGAUGGCUCGUACAAUACAGCUGCGACCAUCUUGGACGCCUGCAACAACAUGGCCAGUGGUGAUAUCCUCCUGCUUGAAGCUCAAGAGUUCGACCCCGUGGGCGGCCAAUACUACUGGCCCGUGUCGGUGGCUGACGCGAAUCACGAGGCCAUCCUCGUCUGUACCGGCAGGGGAAUCAUCGUUGUCGAAGCGGCGUGCAACGGUGGGAAUGACUUGGAUGCCUACCGCAACCUGUCCAACAAGCGCAUCUUCAACCGCGCAUUCCCCAGCGAAUACCGCGAGUCCGGUGCUAUCAUGGUCGGAGCGUCCAGCGCGUCAGUUCCCCAUUUCCGGCUGGGCUACUCCAACCACGGCAGCCGUGUUGAUGUCUACGGCUGGGGCGAGAACAUCGAUACCACUUUUACCAACGCCGAUGGCACUGCCAACAACCUGUACACCACCGGCUUCAGCGGCACAUCCGGGGCUAGUCCGAUUAUUGUUGGUGCUGCUGCCGCCGUUCAGGGUAUUGCCCAGGCGAGACUUGGUCGCAAGCUGAGCCCUGCGAGAGUCAGGACUAUUCUGACCACCUCUGGCACCGCCAGCCGCACUCCCUCUUCUGAUCGCAUUGGUGUUCUGCCUAAUCUCAAGGCCAUUAUUGACGGUGGGCAUAUCAGAGUGUAG